CACAGCACAUACCUCAAAUCAUUCUCUCGUCAUCCUUAAUGAAAAUUGUGUCAGUCGGAUCGUAUGAGGUUUUGAAGAAACAGGUAGCCAAUGCCAGAGGAAUGCCACUGACUCUUUAUCAGGAUGCUUGCUGUGGCCUACUAGCUGGGUCAAUAGGCGCAUAUAUUUGUGCUCCACUUACUGCAGCACGGAUUAGUAUCUAUGCUGAUUCAAAACGACCUGCUGCAAAACGUGUCAACUAUAGAAGCCUGUUUGAUGCCAUGUACCGUAUUGGGGCAAGUGAAGGUCUUCCAGCAUUAUGGAAAAGGUCUGCUGCUUCUGUAAAAGGAAUGGCAGCAUAUCAUGCCAGCAUGCUUCCUACUUAUAAUCUAAGUAAAGAAUUUUGUAGGGUUGACUUUGCUUUUGAUGAAUCCAAAGCCCAGCUAGGUGCAGGUGCUAUUUCAGGUUUCUUUGCAACAAUUUGCAGUGAGCCUGUUGAUACUGUUGCAAGGAAGGUGCAUAACAUGAAACCAAAUGCUGAUGGUAAGUACCCUUACAAAGGUAUCCUUGACUGUGCCUGCGAACUUUGGAAAGCAGGAGGGCUUUCUGCUUUAUACCCCAAUUUUUUACUAAGGUCCAGCGUAUCCGCCCUUCAGGCCAUGGUAUGUAUUCUCUCUUUUGCCUAACUAAACUGAUCUCAGUUACAAAUAUCUGUGUAUAGCAUCUAUUCAUUGGUUUAUUUUUCUUUUGUUGUGUGAGUGUUUCUGCAGAUCUUCUGGACAAUUUUUGAGAAAAUCCGAGAGUUUGAGGAAGCUUGAGAAACCAGGUAAAAAUCCAGUUCACGAAGGAAGUAGAUUUGUUUGCCUUUAAAUUUAGAAACUGAGAGACAGAGUCUGGAUUGCACUUAAAACAGGUUUUGAACAUGUGACAGUUCUUAGCUUAUAUUCAAUGACUAAAUGGUAGACCUUUUGGAGCUGUAUAUCUGCUGAUAGUUAUUCCAAAAUCUUUUGCUUAUGUUAAAAUGAACACUGAAUUUCCCUGCUCAAAGGCAGCAAGGCCUGCAAAACAUGAUCUCAAAUUGAAAAGUUUGUACCUUUUUAUUUAAUCUGAGAGAAUACAAGAGUCUGUCUUUAUUUUCGAACUUAUAUAUAUCUGGCUCGAUGUUGCGGCGCUGUCAAUUGCCCUGAAAAAAUACAUAGUUUCUUGGUGAAUGGAGAAUUUUAAGGCGUUUUUAACUGAAACACCACCGCCGGUGUAAAGGUGGAUACGGUUUGUUGACAACAUAACCUCUAACAAUAUGUAUAUGUGAUUUCAGCUCAGAAAUGGUUAGCUAGCCUGUGAAACUCAGCGAGGUAAAGAACAUCUUGGGAAGAAAUAGUUAGCUCUAACAAACAUAUUUACUUCAGUCAAUGUAAAUGAACUGAGGACAGCACAUAUGUAGUCUAAUCAAUAUGGUUAGCCAAUGCCUUAGAUGGGUGCUUUUCAACCCCAGGUAGAAGACAUCUUUGUAACCAAAUGUUCAAUUUUGUCUCCCAUUUUUUGUAUAAACAUUUUCAAAGGAUGCUUUAAUAUAAAGUGGAAGGUUGU